ACUUUUAUUUUGAAAGCCUUCCGGCGCAGUCGCAGGUAGUUCGGUUGCACUCGCAUCAGGCCUGAGUGGAUGUGUGGCGAUGCCACCGGAGCAUCCGGAGCCCAGUGCGUUUCCCCGGCGGUGCGCAACAAUGCGGCGCUGGAGAUAAAACUUCACCAGCGAUGUCAGAGCCCUGAGCUUUCGUCUCGCGCAACUUUAUCCAGAGAAGAUGUCAGAUCAUGUCACCAAAACCGUCCAGAAAUGGCACGCGAGUUUUAAAAAAGGCACGGACUUUGAUUCGUGGGGGCAGCUGGUGGAAGCCAUCGAUGAAUAUCAAAUACUCGCAAGGCAACUUCAGAAAGAAGUGCAGUCGUCAAACUCGCAUGAUUUCACAGAGGAGCAGAAGAAAACCCUGGGAAAGUUUGCAACAUGCCUUGAAAUGCGAAGUGCAGCCUUACAGUGCACACAAUCUCAAGAGGAGUUCAAGUUAGAAGACCUGAAAAAACUGGAGCCCAUUAUUAAGAACAUUCUGACAUACAACAAAGAUUUCCCUUUUGAUGUCCAACCAGUGCCUUUGAGGAAGAUUCUUGCACCAGGUGAGGAGGAGAACCUCGAGGAGGAGCUGGACGCUGGGACUGGAGCAGGUUCAACGCCACCCUUCCCUUCAAGGGUUCCAGGUACGCUGUUGCCACGGUUACCCUCGGAGCCAGGAUUGACUUUGCUCACGCUGACGAUAGAGAAGAUCGGUCUGAAAGACGCAGGACAGUGCAUUGACCCAUACAUUACACUCAGUGUUAAAGAUCUGAAUGGUAUAGACUUGAACCCGGUUCAGGACACGCCAGUGGCCACGCGCAAGGAGGACACGUAUAUUCAUUUUAGCGUGGAUGUAGAAAUCCAGAAACAUCUAGAAAAACUACCAAAAGGUGCAGCAAUUUUCUUCGAAUUCAAACACUACAAACCCAAGAAAAGAUUCACAAGCACCAAGUGUUUUGCUUUCAUGGAAAUGGAUGAAAUCAAACCAGGUCCCAUUGUUAUAGAACUGUACAAGAAACCGACUGACUUCAAGAGGAAGAAACUCAACCUCCUGACAAAGAAACCACUUUUCCUGCACCUUAACCAGAGUUUGCACAAAGACUAAACCAAGAUCCGACAGCCAAACACUUGAUGGACAGCAGAGGUUAUAUUUCUCAGAUAUGUUUGGUGCAUCGCCUCUCACAUUCCUUGCAAUAUCAGACACUUUUCUUCAUAUCUCCAAUCUGAAGUUUGGGACACAGCCUGAUUUCUCCGCGGUGCUUCAUCUGAGAGAGAAAUGAGUGUUAGAAAUGCUAACUAUUUCAAAAACUGAAUUGUGUACAAAUGAUGUUGACUUCUGAUGGAUAUAACUUGGAUAUAACACAACUUCCCAUUGGUUUUUAUAUUUUUAUUGCAUUAAAGAAACCGCUCGCCCUCAUCUUCCAAACCUGUAUGCU